GUGUCACGCAUGCGCAUUCAAUCUCAAGCAACUUUCCAGUUUCCACCACUAGCCGGACCAAGCCGGACUGCAUCUGGCUGUGCUUAAAAUUGAUUAUAAAUACCGGCAUCCCGCGACGAAACAUUGCAGAUGAUAUCGAUGACACGUGCUUCGUUUGUAAAAGUGUUCAUGCUUUUGUGCUUGACAAGAGUUAUCUGUGCCCAGGUUUCUCGGAAUAUGUCCAACGUCGCAGGAAUGUAUUCCAUAUCGUAUGUCACAGUGCCGACCGACACAAUAGCGAAAAAAAUAGCUCGUGGCCUGGUUGAGAAUAAACUUGCUGCCUGUGUCAAUAUCAUUCCACAGCUUACUUCUAUAUACGAAUGGAAAGGAAAGAUUGAAGAGGAUUCUGAACUUCUACUGAUGAUUAAAACUAGAACAGAGACAGUGGAUGCUUUAACAAAAUAUGUAAAAGAGAAUCAUCCAUAUACAGUUUGCGAAGUCAUUUCACUACCUAUACAGAAUGGGAAUAGCCAGUAUCUAAAAUGGAUUGGUGAAGUAGUACCAUCAAUUAGUGACAUUCAGGAAACUCUGGAUGCAAAAGAUAACUAAUCAUUAAAUAAUUAUUGAUUUAUGAAGAUAGUCAUCUUAUUAUUUCUCAAAUAUGUAAAUCUACUAGAAUCGGAAUAAAUAACAAAAAGUGAUAAAAUAGAUAUAAUUAUGUAACAUAAGUAUGUAAUAGCCCAUAUAUGGGGGGGGAAAUCUGUGUAACAUGCCGUAAUUGUGUAUGUUAGUUAUAUGAUAUGUAUUUGCUAUUAAAAAUAUUUUCCAUUUA